GUGAUGCGUGGUGAGAAAACCUUUUUGCAUGAAAUCAUACACGUUUUAUUCCUAAAAAACACACAAUUGACCACAUGCUGGAGUAUUGCACAGUACUGUAGGAUAAUCACUUGUGCUUGAUUACCAUGUAAUUACCAUAACAUGAACUCACAGGAAACCCUGACAAUGAGAAUGUGAGCUGGUUAGAGUUGCAUGUUUAGGACCAUGAGGAAACUGAGGCUGAGGGAGGGCGUCUCUCCCUGUAGAGGCAGAGCAUGUGUGAAGAGUAGAGGGGAGCGUUGGUUUCUGUCUCUGCGCGCUGAUCCAGCUGAGGCUGCCGCUCAAGUGUUGCAUGCUGAAGAGAGAGAAAGCUGUAGGAUGAAGGCUCGACCUGCGAGAGGACACGAGGGGAAAUGAAGAUGAAGAUAAGAGUGUACCAAGGGGUUAGUGGCAUCAUCAUCGUCACCAUGGUUACCAGCAUUAUGUUGGUGUACAACAGCGGCUCCGGUGACAGAUCAUCUUCGUCAUCCGCAUCAUCAUCAACUUCCCGCCGGUUAGAUGCUGCGAGUUCGGCCACAAAAAAGCCGGAGAGACUGCAGAGACUCACGACAUCUACACUCGAGGGGUACGCGGGUGUCAUGGAUCAUAAGUCUCUGAAGAUGCGUUGCAGUACUUGUGCUCUGGUGACCAGCUCGGGUCAGCUGACUGGGAACAAACGGGGUGAAGAAAUCGAUCGCUCUGAAUGCGUCAUCCGCAUGAACGAUGCUCCAAGCGAAGGCUACCAGCAGGACGUCGGCCAGCGCACCAGCCUGCGUGUCGUAGCACACUCCAGCCUGCAGAGGGUGCUGCGGAGCAGACAGGAGCUGCUCAAUGCCAGCCAAGACGCAGUGUUCAUCUUCUGGGGACCAAGCAGCUGCAUGAGACGGGAUGGAAAAGGUCACGUUUACAACAACCUGAGGCUGAUAAACCAGCGACUGCCCAAACUAAAAAUCUACAUUAUUUCUCGGAGCAAGAUGCUGAAGUUUGAUGAACUAUUUAAAAAGGAAACAGGGAUUGACAGGAAGAUUUCCAACUCCUGGCUGAGCACUGGCUGGUUCACCAUGGCCAUAGCCCUGGAGCUGUGUGACAGGAUCAACGUGUAUGGCAUGGUGCCCCCCGAUUUCUGCAGGUCCUCCUCCCAUCCCUCGGUGCCGUAUCAUUACUACGAGCCCCUGGGGCCCGACGAGUGCUCCAUGUACCUUUCCCACGAGAGUCAGAGAGGAAGCCACCACCGCUUCAUCACGGAGAAGACAGUGUUUGCUAACUGGGCCCGGGCCCUCAACAUCCACUUCUACCAGCCGCACUGGAAGCCCGCAGCCAUCAUCGCCAGCAUGAACAGCUCGUGCGCUCCGGCUCCUGCUGGAUCCUGAUUCUCUCUCCGGAGACGAUCCUAAGAAGUGUGGGAUAUGAGUGUGGACAGUUUCCAGUGUGCAGAACCCCCAGUCUGGUCAAUGCACGUGGCAGCAACAGGACUGAGCGAGCGGCUGCGGCUGUUAGACGGAGGCCUGUACUGUAAGCAGCUUGGCAGAAUGGGAUCAUUGCAUUAGCAGCACAAAGGCUCAACAAUGGUAUAGAAGUGUAACUAUUAUAGGAUGGAUUUCAUGGAGGCCGGCUCAAGUGUGUGUUUUGACUCUGUGUAGAGCUGCCUUAAUAACGCUCGAGCCGUCAGAGAGCGGACACAUGAUGAGACAACACAUUUCAUUUUUUAUUUAAAUGAAUUUAUAUUCUACAGCCACACACAACAAAUUGUGUUUUUUAAAGCUAAUUGUGAUAUUUUUAGAGUCACUACGUUUAAUUUUUAUCGUUUCAUUUAUACGUUUGUACAUUUUCAAAAAGACAAAAUGAAUAGGAAGACAACAGCACAUAUGUAUAUACAUAUAUAUAAUACAUUCUUUUCAUACAUGUCAAAGAUAAAACAAGUCUGUCUAUUGCAGUAAGCCAGUUAUACCGAGGUGUGGGGUAUAAUGUUAUACAUUUAAGGAAUAAAGGAAAUACUAAUAGAAUUAAAAGAAUACAAACCAAUAAAAAGGAGAAGGAGUUGAGUUUUUUGACAUAAGUCCAGGUGUUAGCGGCUCUUAGAGGUUGACAGGUUUUCCACUUUGUCAUUGUCAAUAAAAGAAAACUAGAUCUUG